CUUGCAUUGCCGGCAGCAACAGCACUCAGCUGUUGCUUUGUUGUGUUGCAGCAUCAAAUUAAUUUUAUUUUCAAUAUUUUGUGUUUUUGCUUUUGCGUGAAAUGUAUGCUUAAGCAUACUGAUAUACAGAAUGUCAACACCACUCGAACAGCAGACAGAUGAGCGUGAAGCCCUGCAAUCCAUCUACGAAGGCGAUGACAAUUUCAAAGAAAUCAACUUGACGACUUUUCAAUAUAAAUAUGGCGAAGAGGAUAAUUAUAAGUCAUUUCUGGUGGAGCUGCAAUGGGGCGAUAACUAUCCAGAUGAAGCGCCCACGAUUAACAUGAACACUUUCUACAAUCGCAAUCUACUGCCCGCCGUCAAAGAGGAGAUACAAACGGCGCUCAGCACAGAGGCCUCCCAAUGGCUGGGCUGCGGCAUGACUUAUACACUCUUCGAGUGCAUCAAGGAUAACAUUGAGCAAUUGACUGCCGGCCAGCCGGAAUGUGCACCAACUGUGGCCGUUGUGGACGAUGGUGUUGGUGCACUCAAGAUAUCCGAUGCCACUGCGGAUGCCAAGCAAAAGGAGCCAAAAAAGGAGCAGCUGACCAAGUCACAGAAGCGUCGACAAUGGGAGCGAACUGAUCACAAAGGCGAACGCGCACGUGGACACGAUUGGGUGGAUAUCGUAAAGCAUUUAUCGCAGACCGGCAGCAAAGAGGACGCCGCAGUCGCCAUGGAAAUUGCAGCGGCAGCAGCAGCCGCUAAUCCUGUGCUGCAUCCGCUAAACACUUGAGCAAUGACGCCGGCCAAAUGCAACUAGUUAACUAAUUACAAAUAUCAGACACUAAUCAAUUCAAUCAACAAACGAAAAAAAUAGUAAAAACAAAAAACGAGUCAAAUGAGAUCUGUUCUGUUCUGUUCUAUUAAAGACGAUCAAUUUA